AUGAAGUUCUCCCUCCCCCUCCUCCUAGCCCCCCUCGCCGUCCUCGGCCUCCCCACCACCGACGACAACACGGGCUCUCACUCUCACCACGCCCGAGGCAGCACGGCACACUCCUCCCACCACGCCGCCGCCCACCUCCUCACCCGCCAAUCCCCCACCAGCAUCGACAAGCUCUUCAAGGCCAAAGGCAAGCUCUACAUUGGCGUCUCGGGCGACAAUGGCAUCAUGCAGCAGGGCAAGACCGCCGCCGUCAUCCAGCAGAAUUUCGGCCAGGUGACGCCCGAGUACUCGAUGAAGUGGGACGCCACCGAGCCCACGAGGGGCAACUUUGAUUUCACCAACUCGGAUUUUCUCGUCAACUUUGCGCAAAAGAAUGGAAAGAGCAUUAGAGGCCAUACCUUGCUCUGGCAUCAGGCUUUGCCGGCGUGGGUGUCUGCUAUCAAGGAUAAGGCGACCAUGACCAAGGUGAUUGAGACGCACGUCAAGACGAUUGUGGGGAAGUACAAGGGCAAGAUCAGGUCGUGGGACGUCGUAAACGAAGCCUUCAACGAUAACGGCACGAUACGCAGCACAGCAUUCUCCAACGUCCUCGGCGAAGCCUACAUCGGCGUCGCCUUCCGCGCCGCGCGCCUCGCGGAUCCCGCGGCGAAGCUGUACAUCAACGACUACAACCUCGACAACGCCGGCUGGGGCAAGGUCACGGCCAUGGUGAACAAGGUGAACCAGUGGAUCGGCCAGGGCAUUCCCAUUGACGGUAUUGGCUCCCAAGCCCACCUGGCAGCAAACAUGUCGGGUAACAUCCAAGCCGCCCUCGAAGCCCUCGCCCGCUCCCGCGCCUCCGAGAUCGCCAUCACCGAGCUCGACAUCCCCGGUGCGCCCCCCAACGACUACGCCACCGUCGUCGGCGCCUGCCUCAACGUGCCCAAGUGCAAGGGCGUCACCGUCUGGGGCGUCAGCGACAAGCAGUCGUGGAUGGCCACCGCUAAGCCCCUGCUGUUUGACGAGAACUGGAGCCCCAAGCCUGCGUACAACGCCAUUGUUGCCAAGUUGCGCAAGUGA